CCGAAUUAGAUCUGUAAGCUGCAACAAUGGCCGGAAAAGGAAAGUUUCCGCCCAUCGGAAUCGAUCUCGGAACCACAUAUUCCUGCGUCGGCGUGUGGCAGCACGACCGUGUCGAAAUCAUCCCCAAUGAACAGGGAAACCCAAUCACGCCGUCUUACGUCGCCUUCACCCGUUCCGGCCGUCUCACCGGUGACGCUGCAAAGAAUCAGGCCGCCGUGAAUCCGAUCAACACGGUUUUCGAUGCUAAGAGGUUGAUUGGAAGGCUAUUUAGUGAUUCAUGUGUUCAGAGCGACAUGAAGUUGUGGCCAUUCAAGGUUUUCUCCGGACCCGAUGACAAGCCGAUGAUCAGUGUUAACGACAAGGGUGAGGAGAAACACUUCACUGCUGAGGAGAUUUCAUCCAUGGUUUUGAUGAAAAUGAGGGAGAUCGCCGAGGCAUACCUUGGCACAGCAGUGAGGAAUGUCGUCAUCGCUGUUCCAGCUUACUUCAACGAUUCCCAGAGUCAAGCCACCAAGGAUGCUGGACUCAUUGCUGGCCUCAACGUGAUGCGGCUCAUCAAAGAGCCUACUGCUGCUGCCAUUGCUUAUGGUCUUGACAGGAGGACGACGAGCGUGAAGCAUGUGUUAAUCUUUGAUCUUGGAGGUGGUACUUUUGAUGUCUCUCUUCUCGCGUUGGACGAGGGUGUCUUCGAGGUGAGUGCCACCGCUGGCGACACUCACCUUGGUGGCGAGGACUUCGACAACAGAAUGAUCAAUCACUUCGUUCACGAGUUGAAGAUGGAGAACAAGGACAUCAGUGGCAACCCGAAGGCCCUGAGAAGGUUGAGGACAGCCUGUGAGAGGGCGAAGAGGACUCUUUCGUUUGCUGCUGAAACCACCAUCGAGAUCGACUCUCUCUACGAGGGAAUCGAUUUCUACGCCCCCGUCACCCGUGCUUGGUUCGAGGAAAUCAACAUGGACCUCUUCAGGAAGUGCAUGGAGCCGGUGGAGAAGUGCCUGAGGGAUGCCAAGAUUGACAAGAGCUCCGUUCACGAUGUCGUCCUCGUCGGAGGAUCCACGAGAAUCCCCAAAGUUCAGCAGUUGCUGCAGGAGUUCUUCAACGGGAAGGAGCUUUGCAAGAGCAUCAACCCGGUCGAGGCAGUCGCCUAUGGUGCUGCUGUCCAAGCUGCGAUUUUGAGCGGCGAGGGUGACGAGAGGGUUCUAGACCUAUUGCUUCUCGACGCCACUCCUCUCUCUCUUGGUGUGAAAACCGCUGGAGGCGUCAUGACGGUUUUGAUCCCAAGGAACACCUCCCUUCCCACAAGGAAGGAACAGGUUUUCUCGACUCACUCGGAGAACCAGCGUGGAAUGUUGAUUCAGGUGUACGAAGGUGAGAGAACGAGGACGAGGGAGAACAACUUGCUUGGGAAGUUCACAAUCUCCGGGAUCCCUCCUGCUCCGAGGGGCGUCCCUCAGAUCACUGUCAGCUUCGACAUCGAUGCCAGUGGGAUCUUAAAUGUCUCUGCAGAGGACAAGAGUACAGGUCAGAAGACCAAGAUCACCAUCACCAAGAGUAGACUCUUCAGACCACAAGAAGGCCGACGAGGUUAAGUCUUUUGGGCUAAGUUCUCCGCUCUUGAUGAAUGGCGUUGGAGAAGUACUUGUGCAUGAGACCUUAAUGAUGACUCCAUGGUUAAGCCAAUGCAUUGGCUUACCGAAAUUUGUAGUGUUUAAAAGGGAAGGGACACUCUCCUUGACAAAAA